CCAGGAAGCCUGGCACGACUUGGCCUAUCCCCAAGAAGCGGUACAAGGGUAUCUGUCUAGACACCCACAACCUUACCUUCUCCUCCUCCUCCGAGGACUCCUUAUUCGAAGCACCACCGACGCCAACCUGGAGAAAGCGCAGACAUCACACAAUCGAACUUGGAAGUGAGGAAAGUGAUCAGGACUCGAACACAAAUUCUUUCGCCAGCUAUCGCAAGAUGGGGCCAAUGAAGGAGAACCCUGCCAAGCGCAAGGCGACCGAAGAACCGAGCACACCGUCGGACAGUAAGAGGCUGAAAAGCUCAACUAGCGAUUCUCCCGAACCACCGCCGCAAAAGAGCCAUGUCGUCCAGUUUCCAGAGAAACCAGCUGUGAUCGAAGAACGCACUGGCGAAAUCGAGUUUCGAGUGGUCAACAACGAUAAUAAGCGCGAGAGUCUGAUUAUCCUUACUGGACUCAAGAAUAUCUUUCAAAAACAGCUGCCCAAGAUGCCGAAGGACUACAUAGCUCGAUUGGUGUAUGACCGUACCCAUUUAUCUAUGGCAAUUGUCAAACAUCCACUGGAAGUCGUGGGAGGGAUCACAUACCGUCCAUUCAAGGGCCGCAAAUUCGCUGAGAUUGUCUUCUGUGCUAUAUCCUCCGACCAACAGGUCAAAGGUUAUGGCGCACAUCUCAUGUCCCAUCUCAAAGACUAUGUCAAGGCUACCUCGGAUGUGAUGCAUUUCCUGACAUACGCAGACAACUAUGCCAUCGGCUACUUCAAAAAGCAAGGCUUCACCAAGGAGAUCACCCUAGAACGGUCUUUGUGGAUGGGAUACAUCAAGGAUUACGAGGGAGGAACAAUUAUGCAAUGUUCCAUGCUUCCUCGCGUGCGAUACCUGCAGGCUGGUCGCAUGUUACUGAAGCAGAAGGAAGCGGUGCAUGCAAAGAUUCGAGCUUUUAGCAAGAGUCACGAGGUUCAUGCUCCGCCGAAAGAGUGGGCAAAUGGUGUUUGCAAGAUCGACCCAAUGUCUAUCCCUGCUAUCAAAGCUUCUGGCUGGUCAUCGGACAUGGAUGAGUUGGCAAGACAGCCUCGCCAUGGCCCCAAUUACAACCAGCUUCUUCAUUUGUUGAAUGACAUGCAGAAUCACGCAUCUGCCUGGCCAUUCCAACAUCCUGUCAAUAGGGAGGAGGUUGCUGACUACUACGAAGUCAUCAAAGAACCAAUGGAUCUCAGCACCAUGGAAGCCAAACUCGACCUGGAUAACUACCAGAUUCCUGAGGAUUUCGUUCGUGAUGCCAAGCUGAUCUUUGACAACUGCCGCAAGUACAACAAUGAGACUACUCCGUACGCGAAAUGUGCGAACAAACUGGAGAAAUACAUGUGGCAGCAGAUCAAGGCGAUUCCCGAGUGGUCGCACUUAGAGGGAUAAGCGGCCGAAAGCAACAAUUGAGAAGGAAUGUUGACUGUCAAAGGUCUUGUAAUUAUGGGAUAGGCAUGGUUGGCGCGACGGGACGCUUCGGUUCGUAGGCGUUUUUAGAUAUCCUAGGCAUGGUGUUGGAGGUGAAGUGAAAGUGGUUCAUGAGUCUGUGGAGAGCAAAUAUGAGUUUUUCGUUCAGCCCAUCGCUGACUUGAGCUUCCUGCCAAGAUGCACAAUUGCUUGGGUUCAAGCUGCAACCGUCUCGGCAAGGCUUGAUCGCCCGCUACAGAACCUUAUUGCG